CUCCUUGGAUCACUGAAGGUUGUCGACUGGUGGCUUGGUUUGGCUCGGCAGUCAGUUCCUUGGUGUGUCAGUGAUCACACGGCGGCCUACUCGCUCCUGAACACUGAUGAGGUUCUUCCUGGUGGCGGCUGCCGUCUUGGCAGUCCUCACACAUGCUCACCAACUGGAGAAGCGCCAAACCACAGCGGACACAUCUAAGAAGGUGGUCUGCUACUAUACGAACUGGUCCGUGUACCGUAAGGGAGAGGCCAAGUACACACCUCAGAACAUCAACCCGUACCUGUGUACACAUCUUGUCUACGCAUUUGGAGGACUUACCGACGAGUUUGAGAUCAAACCCUUCGACUCCUACCAAGAUAUUGAACAAGGAGGCUACGCUAAGUUCAACGGGCUGAAACAGUACAACAAGGGACUGAAGACGCUGCUUGCUAUUGGUGGUUGGAAUGAAGGUUCGGGCAGGUUCAGCGAACUGGUGUCCCUACCAGAGUACCGCAGAACUUUCAUCAUCUCUGCCAUCAAGCACCUCAGACGGUACAACUUCGAUGGCCUCGACUUGGACUGGGAGUACCCAGCAUCUAGGGAUGGUUCCACACCUGAGGACAGAGAGAACUAUGCUGCUCUUGUUAAGGAGCUUCGUGAAGCAUUUGACGAUGAAGGCAGCAAGGUGAAGAAGGGACCAUUACUACUCACCAUGGCUGUACCUGCAGGCAAGAACUACAUCGACAAGGGCUACGACGUUCCCUCUCUCACCAGAGACCUGGAUUUCUUCAACAUUCUCAACUAUGAUUACCACAGCUCCUACGAACCGGCUGUGAACCACCACGCUGCCCUGCAACCAGCGCCUGGAACCUCAGAGUAUGCAUGGAACGCAGAGCUCAAUGUGGACUGGACAGUGAAGUAUUACAUCUCUCUGGGAGCUGACAGACAUAAGCUGGUGAUCGGUAUCCCCACCUACGGUCGAUCCUUCACUCUCCUUGACGGAAAUUUUACAGAUUUCGGUGCCUCCGCGGACGGUCCUGGCGAGCAGGGAAAGUACACUAGGGAAAAUGGUUUUAUGGCAUUCUAUGAAGUCUGUGAGAAUAUUGCGUCUAAUGGGUGGGAGGUGCGUAAGCCCUACCCACGACGCAUUGGACCCUACGCCUUCUCUAACAACCAGUGGGUUGGCUACGACGAUGAGAAGAUUGUAGCCAGGAAGGCGGAAUACGUGAGGGAGAAUCAGCUUGGAGGAAUCAUGUACUGGAGUCUGGACAACGAUGACUUCCGAGGCAUUUGCAACGGAGAGCAAUACCCGCUGGUGGAGGCUGGUAAGAAGGCACUCUUCGGCGGAGGCGAACAGGCCAAUGAGGCCAGGGACCUCCAGAGUGCUUCGCCAGGAAGGGACAGGCCAUCCCCUGUGGCUGUCCAAGCCACUGAUGACUCAAGGAGGAGAGGUUCGCAUACCACAACGUUCAACAACCAGGAGCCUUUCCGCACAAGAACACGGGGACGUACUCGCAUCCGAACCCAAGAUACCGAGACGACAAUACCCAUCCCAGACCCCUCGCACUUCCCACGGACUGGUAGUACCCGAGAGAGAGCCAGGUUUGGCGGGUUGGACGAGCCCAGAAGAUCUGAUCGCUUGGGAGAAAGGUAUCCCACCAUCUCCGCCUCAGCCGUGCAACCAUCCGCAAUUAUGCAUGAUUGCUUUGAUGCAUUUUUUAUGGAUCAGCAAAUAACCACGACCCGCGCACCUGCACGUCGUCCCGAGGGUAAGAGACGACGACCAGGGACACGACGACAACCGCAACUUCAGCAACAAGCUACCAUAGAUCCCCUCAACACCCCGCCACCACCCACCACACCCAGACCGGUCUCCAGUUUCGCCUGCAAGCGUGAAGGCUUCUACCCGAACCCCGACAACUGCCACAAAUAUUAUUGGUGUCUCGACUCUGGCCCCUCAGGGCUGGGCAUUGUGGCUCAUGCCUUCACCUGUCCUUCAGAACUGGUAUUCAGCAAGGUGAUUGACGGCUGCGACCACCCGAGCAGGGCGAAGUGCACCACAGGGAAGAAUCGUGGGGGUGCUGCAGCCACUACUCCUGGACCCUCAACCCCCAUCCCCACUACAACUGAGAUACCCACAGAUUACUCCUACUAUGAUGAGUAUUACUACGACGACAAUGAUUACUAUUAUGAUGAAGAACCCGCCUCAGCUGACCCCAAGCCUGUAGAGGAGGUCUCCAACACCGUCAGUAGGCAGCUUCAAAACUCUGGUGGCGCUCAGUUUACAAGGGACUCGAGUAGUACGAGUGAAGCCAGUCGAGAUAUUACCUCUUCUUCGACCCCUCUAGGAGGGCGCACUAAGCCACAGUAUGCCAGCAUCUCCCGCGACAGGAGUGCGGCUCGACAACCUGCUGUGGAGGAUGCCCCAAGUCAACGUGACCCCGCUGUUACGGAUGCCCCAAGGCGACGAGACCCUAUUGGUGCUGCAGUGCGAGGCCGUCCACAAUACAGUGCCAUUGAACGCCAGCGCCCAGCCCGUCCUGCCGCACAGUCCAUUCCUGAUGAGGAGAGUGAGGCCCGUGAGGCUGAGCCCACGACCGCGGGGCGCCAGUAUGUAACCAUCGACAGACGCCGUCGACCCACCGUCAACGACGCCACAUCUGGUCCUGAAACUGUUUCCUCAACUGAGCCAAUCCUCCAGUACGUGACUAUUAACCGCCGUCGUGGUAGCACUAUACCUGCAACUGAAACUCCCACCCUACCCUCUCCGUCAGGCUCAGAGCCAACCAUUAUUACAGCUGUACACACAACACCAAGGUACGUGACGAUAGAACGAGCACGCUUCACUACAGAGGCGGAGGAAGAGAUCCCGACAACGUUAGAGGAAACGACAGUCACCAGCGUGCCUGUAAGUGGGUCCUCAGUCAGGUACCGGCCACUUGUGGUGCGGCCAACAAGCGAAGUAAUUGUCAAGGAAGACAUUCAGGAUAAUCUCUUGCAUGAAGGUUUGCCUGAUACCCCGGCUAUAAUGACCCCCGCUCAGACGGGGUCUUCUCUUCCAAGCAUUGGGGCUAAGCGGCCUGGGCGACCAGCUAAAGGGGAAGUAGUGGCGGUUUUGACCGACAAACCAGACUUAACUGUACUAACUCAUACUGACCCCGUAUCGCAGCUACAACUUGACCCUAAAGCCGAGGUCGUCUCAAAAGUGGACCUUGUUCAGAAACCCGGCCCUAUUCUCGAUGUUAGUAUUGUUCCAGAGGUCACCCAAAGGUCUUGGGUGGAUUUCUCCGGAUAUCUGGCCUAUGACGACAAUUUUGAUCUCCCUGAGAAUAAUAUUGGACGUGCUCGAGUUGUUCACGGGCAUAAACUUAUACCCACCAAGGUUGCUCCCGAGAGACAUCUUGCUCCUGUCAAAGUUCUUCCAGAGAAAGAAUUAAUACCUACCACAGAUGUCCCAGAAAUCAGUUCAGUCCCCAUAAAAGAUGUCCCUGAAAUACGCCCAGUACCAGUGGCAAGCCUUCCUAACAAGGGGCAAGUCACCCUGACCCUUGAUCGGAAGAUCACUCGUCACCCGGAGAUCCACCCAGACUUUGAGGGUGAGCGUAAAACUGCUCUGGAAGGUGAUAAUCUCGAGCUAGGUCGUAAGCCUCUGACUGGCCUCGGGUCCAAGGCUAUCAUCUUGGCCGAUUCUGUUACUGAAACUCAAAAACAAGAGUCACAAAUCAACUUACUGACACAUCCUGACCCUGAGAAACACGAAGAACAUGUCUUGCAAGAUGACCAGGUGACACCAGUCUUGCAAGAUGACCAGGUGACACCAGUCUUGCAAGAUGACCAGGUGACACCAGUCUUGCAAGAUGACCAGGUGACACCAGUCUUGCAAGAUGACCAGGAGACACCAGUCUUGCAAGAUGAUCAGGAGACACCAGUCUUGCAAGAUGACCAGGUGACACCAGUCUUGCAAGAUGACCAGGUGACACCAGUCUUGCAAGACGACCAGGAGACACCAGUCUUGCAAGAUGACCAGGUGACACCAGUCUUGCAAGAAGACCAGGUGACACCAGUCUUGCAACAUGACCAAGUGACACCAGUCUUGCAAGAAGACCAGGUGACGCCAGUCUUGCAAGAUAACCAGGUGACACCAGUCUUGCAAGAUGACCAGGUGACACAUAGGAGCGUGUUAAUAAUCGACCGUGUUUCCCAGUAUGACCAGGUGACAUCUAACGUAGACGUGUCACAGACUGAUUUUGUGACAAAGGAUGACGAUAUGACACCUAGAGUUCGUGUGUCACAAGAUGACAGUGUGUCACAAUCUGACAUUGAGUCACAAGCUGACAAUGUGUCACAAGCUGACAGUGUAUCACAAGCUGACAGUGUUUCACAAGCUAGUGUUUCACAAACUGAUAGUGUGUCACGCAUUGGCCAUGUGUCACAAGCUGACAGUGUGUCACCCCCUGACAGUGUAACACAAGCUGAAGGUGUAUCACACUAUAGUGGUGUGUCACAAGCUGACAGUGUGCCACAAGCUGAGAGUAAUUCACAAGCUGACAAUGUAUCACAAACUGACAGUGUGACACAAACUGACAGUGUGAUACAAGCUGACAGUGUGUCACAAGCUGGUCGUGUUUCACACACUGGUCGUGCGUCACAAGCUGGUCGUGUUUCACACACUGGUCGUGCGUCACAAGCUGGUCGGGCAUCACAAACUGGUCGUGUGUCACAAGCUGGUCGUGUGUCACAAGCUGGUCGUGUGUCACAAGCUGGUCGUGUGUCACAAGCUGGUCGUGUGUCACAAACUGGUCGUGUAUCACAAGCUGGUCGUGUGUCACAAACUGGUCGUGUGUCACAAGGUGGUCGUGUGUCACAAGGUGAACGUGUGUCACAUGCUGGACGUACGUCACAUGCUGGACGUGUGUCACAAGCUAGCCGUGUGUCACAAGCUGAUAGUGUAAAAAAAACUCACAUUGUGUUAAAAGCCGAUCAUGUGACACAAGCUGACAGUGUGUCACAAGCUGACAGUGUGACACAAGCUGACAGUGUGACACAAGCUGACAGUGUGUCACAAGCUGACAGUGUGACACAAGCUGACAGUGUGACACAAGCUGACAGUGUGUCACAAGCUGACAGUGUGACACAAGCUGACAGUGUGACACAAGCUGAAAGUGUGUCACAAGCUGACAGUGUGACACAAGCUGACAGUAUGACACAGGCUGACAGUAUGUCAGAAGUUGACUUUGUGACACAACCUGACAGUGUGUCAGAAGCUGAUCAUGUGACGCACAGCGUGUCACAAUCUGACAGUGUGUCAGAAGGUGACUAUGUGACACAAGUUGACAGUGUAUCACUAGCUGACACUGUGUCACAAGCUGACAGUGUAUCACUUGCUGACACUGUGCCACAACCUGAAAGUAUGUCACAAGCUGACAGCGUGACACAAACUGACAGUGUGUCAGAAGCUGACCACGUGACACAGGCUGACAGCGUGUCACAAACUGACAGUGUGUCAGACGUUGACUAUGUGACACAAGUUGACAGUGUAUCAUUAUUGGACACUGUGUCACAACCUGAAAAUGUGUCACAGGCUGGCAGCGUGACACAAGCUGACAGUGUGUCAGAAGCUGACCACGUGACAGAAGAUGAUAGUGUAUCACUAGCUGACAGUGUAUUACUAGCUGACACAGUGUCACAAGCUGACACUGUGUCACAAGCUGAAAGUGUGUCAGAAGUUGACCAUGUGACACAAGCUGACAGUGUGUCUCAAGCUAACAGCGUGUUACAAGCUGACAGAGUAUCACAAGCUGACCAUGUAACACAAGCUGACAGUGUAAUAAAAGCUGACCAUGUAACACAAGUCGAGAGUGCGUCAAAAACCGAAGGUGUGUCACAAGCUGACAGUGUGGCACAAGCUGACGGUGUAUCACAAGCUGACAAUGUGGCACAAGCUGACGGUGCAUCACAAGCUGACAAUGUGGCACAAGCUGACGGUGUAUCACAAGCUGACAUUGUAUCUGAAGCUGACGAUGUAUCACUAGUGGAGAGUGUGUCAGACGCUGACGACAGUGUAUCACAAGCCGACAGAGCAGCACAAGCUGACAGUGUGUCACACGAUGACCACGUUACAACAUUCGUUCUUGUGACACCAGCUGAUCGAAUGUUGCUUUCAGAUCAUCUUCCACGAAGCGAACACUUGGCACCUGUUGUGCCUGUGUCACACACACUUGAUGUGUCACAAAGUGGUGUGACACAUAGUGAAGGCAGAAAACAAGAUAAUCACGUAAAAACUAUAGUGCUAUUGCCACAUAUUGACCAUGUGUCACUGGCUGACCAUGUGUCACUGGCUGACCAUGUGUCACAGACUGACCGCACGACACCAAGUGUGCGUGUUUCACAGGCUGACCGUAUAACACCUAGUGUACAAGUGUCACAGGAUGACCAUAAGACACCUAAUGUAAGUGUUUUACAGGCUGACCGUGUCACAUCUAGCGGACAUGUGUCACAGGCUGACCGUGUGGCACCUAGUGUGCGUGUGUCACAAGCUGACCGUGUAACACCUAGUGUGCGUGUGUCACAAGCUGACCGUGUGGCACCUAGUGUGCGUGUGUCACAAGCUGACCGUGUAGCAUCUAGUGUGCGUGUGUCACAAACUGAUCGUGUGGCACCUAGUGUGCGUGUGUCACAAGCUGACCGUGUGGCACCUAGUGCGCGUGUGUCACAAGCUGACCGUGUGGCACCUAGUGUGCGUGUGUCACAAGCUGACCGUGUGCGUGUGUCACAAGCUGACCGUGUGGCACCUAGUGUGCGUGUGUCACAAGCUGACCGUGUGGCACCUAGUGUGCGUGUGUCACAAGCUGACCGUGUGGCACCUAGUGUGCGUGUGUCACAAGCUGACCGUGUGGCACCUAGUGUGCGUGUGUCACAAGCUGACCGUGUGGCACCUAGUGUGCACGUGUCACAAGAUGACCGUGUAGCACCUAGUGUGCGUGUGUCACAAGAUGACCAUGUGACACCUAGUGUUCAUGUGCCACAGGCUGACCGUGUCACACCCAGUGUGCUUAUCUCACAAACUGACUAUGUGGCAUCUAAAGGGAAUGUGUCACAAUAUGAUCAUAUAACGCCUAGUGUAAGCUUAUCACUGGACCAUCUUUCGACACCUAGUGUGCGUCUGGCACACGAUAACUUUACAGCACCUAGUGCGAGAGCUUCACAAGAUGACCCUGUGACACCUAUUAUGAGUGUUUCACAAGAUGACCUUAUGACACGAGAUAACCAUUCGACACGUAUUGUGAAUGUGUCAGAAGACGACUUUGUUAUACCUAACGUGAAUGUGACAGAAGAUGAACUUCUGACACCUAGUGGGCAGCUGGCACAAGCUGACCUUGUGGAGCCUAAUGUGAGUGUGUUACAAGAUAACUAUGUGACACCUAAUGUGCAUGUGUCACAGGAUAAUCAUAUGACACAAGAUGACCAAGUGACAUCCAAUGUGCAUGUGUCACAAGAUGGUGACCAUGUGACACAUGACAUGCAUGUGUCACGAAGUGACCGUGUGACACCUAGUGUGAGUGUGUCACAGAAUGACCGUGCAACACCUAUUGUGCGUAAAUCACAGGCUGACAUUGUCACAUCUACUGUGAAUGUAUUACAGACUGGCCGUGUGUCCCCUAGUGUGCGUGUGUCACAGACUGACCUUGCGAAAUCAAGUGUACGUUUGACACAAGCUGAGCGUGUAACACCUAGUGCAAGUGUAUCAGAUGACCGCAUUACACCUAGUGUGAAUGUGUCACAGGAUGGCCAUUCAACACUUAGUGUAAGUGUGUCAAACGAUGAUGCAGCAUUAAAUGACCUUACAAAGCAAGAUAAUCGUGUGACACCUAAUAGGCGUGUGUCACAAGGUGAUCAUGCAGCACCAAUUGACCUUACAACACAAGAUGACCAUGUGACACACGAUAACCAUGUGAUACCAAGUAUCAGUGUGUCACAAGAUGAUCAUGCGGCACAUGGUGCUCGUGUGUCACAAGAUGACCCUGCAACACCUAGUGUCCGUGUGUCACAAGAUGAUCAUGCAACACCUAGUGUCCGUGUGUCACAAGAUGACCACGCAACACCUAGUGUCCGUGUGUCACAAGGUGACCACGCAACACCUAGUGUCCAUAUAUCACAAGAUGAUUAUGCAACACUAAAUGACCUUACCACACAAGAUGACCAUGUGACACACGAUAACCAUGUGAUACCUAGUGUCCGUGUAUCACAAGAUGACCAUUUGGCACAUAGUGUACGUGUGACACAAGAUGACCAUGUGGCACAUAGUGUACGUGUGACACAAGAUGACCAUGUGUCACACAAUACACCUCUCUUACUGACUGACCAUAUAACAAAUAUUGCUAAUGUGCCAGAAGGUGCCAGUGCUGAUACAGCUGGUAGAGCUCCUUCCCCCGACACACCCGUAGCCUUCCCCUCACUCUUCCCUGGGUCCCCCACCGUAGACUUCACAGGCAGGCGGAGGUCGGGUGUGGCGGGACAAACCCACCUUGUUAGUGGAGUCCAACCUCAGCUAGUCCUCUCGACCCCUACCCCGCUCUCUGCCACCCCCACCACUCAUCCCACUCUUCAUCUAACGGUGCAUGGUGCUGGAAACCUUCUUCACCCUCAGGGAGAUCUUUUGCAUGACCCACCUACUCCCUUCGUCGCCCCCACGGAGAAGGAUGAUCCCCCUGUAGUGCAUGACUCACAGCAUGGCGGGGUACCUGGAGAUCGUGGAGUACUGCACGAGGAGUCGGUCGUGGUAGCUGUGCAUGGCACGGCGUCGCACAACUUGGAGAACCUUAUAGCCGGACGCAGCCAGCAUGAUGUUCUCUCUUCCCAGAGCACAUCCGGUGCUGCAGCUCACACAGAAGAUUACUAUUACUACGACGAUGGUACCCUCUCCACUGAUGUAGGGUCUUCCCUUGACCUCCCAAGCUCUUCUCCGUCGACACCAUUACCACAAACAUCAGUCACCACUACAACAACAACAACUACUACUACUACAAUUACCACAACACCUCCACCUACCACUACUACCACUACAACUUCUACCACAACUGAGCCUACAACUAACACCAGUGGACCAACACGAACCCGCACCCGCGUGAGAGGUCGUCCCGUAGGGUCGUCACUAGUCUCACGCCCCGGGUCGUCUGCAGGCGGUGGGCAUCGAAAACCCUCCAUAAAAUCCCGCCCUCCCUCCUCACCUGGACAAGCUCCGCCUCUGAAGGUGAAGGGAAAGAAGGAGCAGGAGGAGUCGGUCUCCACCGUCUUCAGUCGGCCCGAUGCCCCCACCCAAGGCGGAUCCCCCAAGCCCCCUCGGAGAAGAGUUGUGGUGAGGAAGAGAGUCGGAAACAGCGGCAAAUCUGGUCAAGACCAGACCAGCAGACCAGCAAGGAGGAGGCCACAUUUACAGACUACUUCCCGAAACACUCCUCCCAGAGCUUUCAACCGACCCCGCCCCAGCCCUCGGCCCGUCCAGCUGAGUGAGACCAGCGACCAGCCUGAAGCACGUCAUCGCCCUACCCGCCCGUUAACCGGGAUCAGCCCACGUCCAACCCUCUCACUUGCUGACAGACAAAAGCAAAGACCAUCUUUUUCAUCAGAUGACACCAUAAAGUUGAUUAGCCCGGAGGGUCAGAUUAGUUCAGAAGCCUUGGUUCCUUUCUCCCAGCCAGAUGAAACUAGCCUACAUCCAUUCGUACUGGAGAAAGAUCCACGCCCACUCCUCCCUCUGAUCAGUUCCCCCGCCCCUGUGACGAGCCCCACGAUCGAGGAAGGUGUCACUAUUAUAGACGAUGUUUUUCUUGAGACUACACUAGUCCCUGAGUCCUCAUUAAGACCCACCUUCUCUGCCCUCUUCGGUGCUGAGCUCACCUCACCCGCACCUACCACACCAGUUCUUACCACGCCAGCUCCCACUACACCCACAUCCAAAUUUACUCCAAGUAUACGACCACGCUUAAGACCUACCCCACUCUCCAGUUCUUCUCCACGCUCCAGUCCAUCCCCACGCCCCAGCCCUUCCCCACGCCCCAGCCCAUCCCCACGCCCCAGCCCAUCCCCGCGCCCCAGUCCUACCCCAAGCACAACAACCACACCGCCACCACCACGAAGCCCACGCCCAUUCCGCACAACCCCGGAAAGAGUACCCUUGGCUCCUGUAACUUCUCCCGGUCCAGCCCACUCUGCCAUCCUCGACGGCCACGACUAUUACGACUACUACUAUGACGACCUUGGUGGCGCUCUCACCGGCACCCUGGGGCAGCUGGCGACGACGCUGACAGAGAAAGCGGUGCUGAUGGCUGAUGGCUCUGUCCAGUGCUAUGACACUGGAUACUUUGCCCACCCGGAUUCGUGCAAGAAGUUUAUCUCAUGUUCCAAGACAGUGCGAGGGCUGGUGCGAGGCUGGGUGUACACCUGUCCCCAGCACCUCGUCUUCGAUCCCGUAGGUGGAAUGUGUAAUUGGGCAGAGGCUGUCGACUGCGAGGGACGAAAGUAGUAAAAUUAGUAAGCAACGGUGACAAGAAGCUCAAGUUGAGGAACAGUGGCACAAAGUUGGCAAGUUGGGAAACAACGGAGUUUAGCUUUCAGAUCGCGCAUAUAUUAGCCAGAAAUAAAGCGUCUUGCUGAAUGGAACAAGUUGGCCAUGUUCGAGAUGUAAGGAAGCGAGAAAAUAACCUACAUGGGAAAGGGAUCCAUUUUUUUUAUUAGGAGACGUCCCUUCUUUUUCAACUGUCGGAAAAAAAUAUUUUCUGUUUUUACUCAAAAUUUUACGUGUUCCCAUUUUUGGAAGACAUGUUUGCUGCAUAUAUUUUCACAUAUAACACUGGACUAUUGUAUGAGCGAUCUUGGUAUAAUGUUGCUCACACUUCUGUUCUUCAUGCCAAAUCUUUCUUGAUCUUUUACUCUUACAGUUCUUUCUUACGGAGGAACAAGUAAAGCGUCUGAUGUCUUUUCUGUUUUAAUUAGAAUUUUGCUGUGUGCAUGACUGUGUUCGGUCCCCAGCGUUUUAAAUCGCCGAAGAAAUUAUGGAAGUAUGUAUGUGCGGUUUUUGUUCCUCGAUGAAUAUUAAAAUCUUAUAAUCUAAAUUAUUUUAUUGAUGGGCGUGACAGCCCGAACGUUCAUGUUUAUUAUGUAUAUAGCAUUUUAUAAUUAAAGUUGUCCAUGUACA